AUGCGAGGAAUCUCUUGCCUCUUUGUGCUAGCCACGCUACUGGUGAUCACCGCAGCGGUUCCGCAAUCCUCCUCUGGAUCAAGGCCUAAUGCCGGCCGUCGGAACUGGUGGGGCUUGCGUCGUACGCGAUGGCCUGAUGUUCCCGAUCGCGCAUUCAUGCCGGUGACCGACACCAAUCCGGCCUUUGCUGCGGCUGCUAUUCAGGCUCGGACUCCAGCUCUGCCUGUGCCUGCACCUGCCAGACAGACCGCCCAGGAAAUUUCGAUGCGGUCUCAAGCCGGAACUUCUCGUAUGGGUGGACCAGGCUCCGCUUUCCGGCCCGUCACCAGGAGGCCCGACGAAGCUGGACCUUCGCGACCGGUCUUCCCAGCUGCUGCACCUGCAUCUGGAGCAGGCUCAAGUCAGGAAGCUGGACGUCCACGUGCCCCUGCGGAAGCCCAGCUGCAAGGUACCGCGCAGGAUCCGAUCUACGGCCUUGGUCACAGCAAGUUUGUCGCGCGAGCCUAUCAAAUUGACACGCCAACUCUACGACAUCUUUACAGUCAAAACGACGCUGUUCCGGCCAAUUUCGAAGACUUUGUGCGAGGUUCGCGUUUCGCGUCCCUUGGAAUGGUCUACCAGCCAGAUCCGGCACUGUUGCACUCCAUCCAAAGCACCAUCUGGUCACGGCUGGGUCAUUUUGGCUACAAUCCCAACCGUGUAGCCGGAACGCCUGAUUUGAUGGAAGGCCAAUUCCUGUCACCACCUCUCAACAGGGAUUUCAACGGGAGGCUCUUCAUGCCCACGGGCGUUUUGAGGCGCUUGCGCGGCACGUUGACGGAUCGACUUAGGCGAUUUGAUCCCGCCUCGCCGGACUUGUUCCACCUGAACGUCGAAGGGAGGCACAUCCUUGCUUUCACGACAAGGCCCGUGUUUCAAGCCAACGUUCCAUUUGCGCCGAGCAUGUCGGAUCUUUGGAUGUUUUUCGAGAUGAUGACUGUCAAAGGCGUCAAGACUACCAUUCCGCAUAUGACGCUGCUGGGAUCCACCUUCCUUCCCAAGGGCUUUGGAAGCGUUGGGGCUUUGAGCGAUGUGAUGAGGCCCGCAAUCGUCUGA